AUGUAUCGGCGGUAUAUGGGAACGGCCGGAUCCAGUGCGACGUCUAUACCCAGCGUCGAUGAGCUGGCCGACUUGGUACGGCAUUUGCAGGCGCUGCAGCAGGACGCGUUGACGCGUGCACAAACAUUAGCCGACGAACGGCCUGGAAAUAGUGGACGUGUUUCUGCACAAGGCGCCGGCACAAAAUGGAAAGGCAAGGAUACCAGGGUCAAAGAAGAAGACCUUGAGGCUGAGUCUUUGGAGCCCAAUGCGGAGGGCGGCGAAAGCUCAGGUGACGAGUGGGAGCCGGAGGACAGUCGUCGUCGUGCAAACGUGAAUCGGACCUAUGGACGGCAGGGCGCGUGGAGAACGAAGGAGGGACCCACGAGCGAUGCUGAGACAGAGGCCAUAGACGAGGCACAGACGCCAGUUAUGCCGCGCAUGAAGAUGCGUCGUGCGCCUCUGAGUGUAAAGUUACGAUUGACACAGCCUGACGAUGCAGCUCGCGUGCGUUCAGAGAUGCGAUCUACGCCCUUAACUGAGAACGACGAUGUACCUGAGCAGAUUGUGGACUUGCAUGGCGAGUCAUUUACGGAUCCUACGACGUUUAGUUGGGAAGUACCGCAUGAGCCGGAAGCGACCAUCCUCCCGAAACGAGAGCCCCUGCGUCUGCCAUGGCCGUACCCGACGCACCCGCUGGACGUGCACGAAGACUUUGCCGAUCGAGAUUGGCGUGAGCGUGAAUCAAUGUACACUGUGAGCGACACGACGGCCGGCCCGUCGGUGGUCCCUAAAGAGGCAGGCCGAGGCAGGCAGACGAAAGAGGCGUCCCAGGUUUCGAUUACCACCUUUUACAAUUACGUCGAUACGUUCUUCAAGCCUGUGACAGAAGACGACUUGGCAUGGCUCUCGAGCAAAGUCGAUGACCCUUCGCCGUUCCAAUUCCCAGAGCUUGGUACGCAUUAUCGACAGGUGUGGGACAAGGAGGACCGCGAGCUACAAGGUCUCCUUCAGUCGGGCGACGUCUCCCUAUCGAGCAAGACGCGACCGUCCACCGUAGACGAAGACGAAUUGCCGCUGGCCCAGACCAUGCCGUCUCCCUUCAAUGCAAGCUCCUUGUCGUUGCAAGACAUGACCGCAGAACACAUGUACAAUCGCUUAGCGCAUGGUGGCCCGUUGAUUGAGCGGCUGAUUGCCUCGCUCAUUGUGCCGCCGCCCAGCGGUUCUCCCUCAUCAAGUGCGGCGGCGCUGGAAGCUGCCACAGAGUCGGAUCUUACGCCGCCGCCUGAUAUCCAAAAGCCUUUGUCGGACAUGGAAGCACAGGCACGCCAGGCAUGUGAAGCUAUUGGGUUGAUGGAGCCAGGCGCGCCGAUCCCUUGGGACGAUCAGGCGGAUGGGCCUAUUGGUUCGGCUUUGCGAUUGGCCCAAGCGCGCCUACGACGUCAGAUGAAGGCGAACGAGGAACGGAAAGCGCGUCUGUUCAAAGUGGCGCAAGAUCGUAUGGCGUUCCAGGACUACCAAGCUUGUUUACAAGCGGUAGAUCGCGAGAUUGAGUCGAGCUGGACGAAGCGAACGCGGCAAAUUAAGGCGAGUGCCGGGAAGAAGCGGAAGGCAGAGGCAGAGGCAGGGCCUUCGCGACCGCAGCUGCCAGAGACGCUGCCUGAAGCCCUGCAACGCCGCAAGAAACUCAAGGCGGCUUUCGAGCCGUUGUUUGCCAAGAUACCACAUGCCUAUGCCCCGCCUACUGAGUCUAUAUACCAUGGCAUUGAAAAGUAG